GACAUCUUGCUGAACAACAACACUAGUCCGGCAAGUGCUGUAAACACAUGAGCCAGUCGUUCGUGAAUUUAUUGUGCAGUGGGAGAUGGAGGCGUUGUUAAAGCGCGAGCUGGGCACGUCUCUGUUGAAACGCGCUGGUCACUCGGGCGGAGGAUGCAUCAGUGAAGGCCAGAGCUAUGACACUGACACUGGAAGAGUGUUCAUCAAAAUCAACCACAAAAAUGAGGCUAGGAGGAUGUUUGAUGGAGAGAUGGCAAGUUUGGAAGCGAUCCUGUCAACAAACACAGUCAAAGUACCCAGACCUAUGAAGGUUGUGGACCUUGAGAGAAGCGGAGCUCUUCUUAUAAUGGAACAUGUGGAUAUGAGAAUCUUAAAUAAAUACUCAUCCAAGCUGGGGGAACAGCUGGCUAAUCUACACCUUCACAACAGAAGACAGAUGGAGAAACAAAAGAAAGAGAUGCAGACUGUUGGAAAAGGAUUGGAACAGUCGGAAGUUGUCAACAAGUUUGGGUUUCAUGUGACCACAUGCUGCGGUUACCUCCCCCAGGUAAAUGACUGGCAGGAUGAUUGGGUGUCUUUUUAUGCCCAGCAAAGGCUUCAGCACCAGCUUGGCAUGGUGGAGCAGUCAUAUGGAGACAGAGAAGCUCGUGAAUUGUGGGCCAAAUUACAGCUCAACCUCCAUCAGCUGUUUACUGGCAUAGAGGUGGUGCCAGCUCUUCUCCACGGAGACCUCUGGGAUGGAAACGUGGCCGAGUGCUCCGAUGGUCCCAUCAUCUUCGACCCAGCAUCUUUUUAUGGACAUUCAGAGUUUGAGCUAGCUAUCGCCGGCAUGUUCAGUGGCUUUGGGAGCUCCUUUUACAACACUUACCAUGAGAAGAUCCCAAAGACUGAUGGAUUUGCAAAGAGGCAACAAGUAUACCAACUUUUCCACUACCUGAACCACUGGAAUCACUUUGGUGAUGGAUACAGAGGCUCUUCUUUGCGUAUCAUGAAGGAUCUUACCAAGUAGAUGGAUUUACCUAUAAAUCAGUUGCAUGACCAAUUUAAAUAUAACAGACGUUACCAGUGUGAUGGCAAACCUAAACAAGUGCUGAAACAAAAUGAUGAAGCUGAAUGUUUUUAAGCUGUUUAGGCUAAACAAAACAUUUUAGAAGAUAGCACAUUACAUAAAUGUACUUUCAUGUAACAUUCCCUUCUGUGAAUUGCACUUUUACCUAAUACAGUAAAUGCUUUAAAAGAAAGCAUCUCAUGACUCAUAGCACCUUGAUUUAAAAUCUGAUGUGUGCAUUAUGUGUCUUUAAAUAAUGAUGGAUUUAAUGGCGUUGCUAAUAUAGUAUUUCAGGUUGCAGCAGUCAGGUUGUAAGGAUCAGGCUCCCUGUAUCUUGGUUAUAUCGGUCGAAGGUUUAGGAUUAUUGACUCGUUCUGUAUUUGUAUUUUUCCAUGUUGGAAGUAAACUAAGCUAAGAAAACUAGAAAGUAACCUAUGGAAUAACAUAUAUUUUGCUAUAAGAACUAUCCAAAUUACAUCAAAACGUUGCUUAGAAUUUGCAGGAAUGUUUUCUUGUCAUGUUAUCAAACUUUUGCUUUAGGUUUCACCCUGGGAUAGUUUUUACAAUUUUUCCCUGCUUUAUCUUCAUUAUCCAGUCAAGGUCAUCCAUCUUAAAGACAUGUUUUACUAAAAAUGUGGCUUUAUAAUAAAGAAAUGUAUUACAUUAAAUACAAAAUCUAAAACUAACUUUACACAUUCAGACAAAUGAAAAAAAAUUGUCAAGUGACCCUAAACUUUUGAACGGUGUUAUGUAGUGCAUAUAAUCUCUAAUAUAAUUCGAUCUCUAAGGAAAAUCAACAGUUUGUCUAAUCACUUUUUUUCAGUUUCCAUAAUUAGACCCAUCAUGCCCUGUUUCAAAGAUGAUCCAGAGUGGAAGUCUCCACCUCUUCUCAUCUGUCUCUGUUCAAAUUUCUCUAUGCAAGACAGUGUACAUCUGUCUCAUAAUCUCUUUGCAGUCACACGGUUGGUAAGAUUGUAGAGUUUGUGACUAAAUAAUAAUGGUGCUUUUGUAGGUCAGAGGCUGCAGGGUCUUCAUGCAUCUUUUACCUCAUGAGUUGUCAGAUGUUCUGGAGCUUUUAUGCAGACAGGACGCAAAAGACACGGACACCAGUGUUAAUUGCUUAUACUAUAGACUUCGUUAUUAACCCCAGAGUGUAUUUAAAUUUAAGUGGAAAAACAUUGUUGGUACAUUUAAUUUCUGUAAAUUGAUUUUGACAUAUUCACAUUGUUUAUAGAUUAUUAUGUAGAGUGAUCAGAUGCAUUUUAAAUAAUUGCAAAAAAAAGCAACUCACCUGAUGUCAAUCCCAUAUAGAGAACCUAUGUUAAUCCUCAAAAAGCGAGUGGAUAAACAGAAGCCCACAAAUUUUGAGAGUGUGGAUUAUAUACACUGCGAGUGUUAAUUUGACAUUUUUUAACACUGGCAAUUUUGCUGUGCAAAAGCUAAUAUCCAGCAUGCCAGAGCCAAUUACAGAGAUUUUGAAAAUCAAGGCCCAACACUAAAAAUUGACUUUAAAGGAACACUCCACUUUUUUUUCAUUCAACUCCCCCAGAGUUAAUAAGUUGAGUUUUACCGAGUUUUGCAGUGAUAUCAUGCAGCGCAUUUCCACAUGCUUCAAAUGUGGAAAUGCACGGCAUGAUAUCACUACGCCUGCUGCGGCCAUGUUACGGCAGCAAACUUCUUUGAUUAUUACGCCGGAAUGGGAGUAUAGUUCCUAAUCAUAUCUGCCUAGAAAUCGCAUCUUUUCAUUUUCCGCCAGUCUUAGCACAUGAUAUAACUACAGAAGAGUGCCGUUCCCUUUCUGUCGGUCUCUCGACGUUGUGUAGAACCAACAGAAUGGGGUUUGUCUUGA